GCGCCCUCACUGUUCAUAGUGGUUUUAGUGGUGACUGUCGUAAGCUUGUGACGUCCAUAGUUCGACUGGGAAAUUGACACAAAAUUUGAGCAAAAGGAGUGAAAUUGAUGAAAAUUUUACCUGGAUGUGUUUUCCUGGAGUUAGAAUUUGAUGGAAAAGGUGGUUCAGACUAUCGUGUAUUAUGUGAACAAGUGAACUUUUCCGUAGGAGAUCCCUAAAGUUCAAAUUGAAGUGAUUCCCACCCAUAGUGAUACGUCUAUAUCAUUAAGCAAUCCCCACAAUACGACGUUCACAGGCGAAAUGCCGCCUGUUCACAUUGGGAAUGAAGGCGGUGAUCAGGAUAAAAGUGGAUGCCAGAAUAUGGUGUCCAACCUACCGCUCCUUUUUGCUGGUGGCUAUCCAACAACUCUGGAUAAGAUGACUGAAAAUCAAAUUGAGAACUUCAUUCCGUUCAUGGUUCAGUGUUCUCUGGGUUAUAUCCAGUUGCAGUCAAAUCGUGGUGAAUACAGAGAACCCGAAUGGUGGCCGGAUGAUGUGCCCUUUGUCAUACCCCUCAUGAGGCCUAAAGAUUUCUCUGGUGACUGGCGUGCAAAACUGAGAGAAAUUGUGGUAACAUGCUAUUCGUUCCACAAAAAUAUAUUUCUCUUGCGAUUUUGCAAGGAAUUGGCAACUUAUGAACCAGAAUGUCUUCGUUUUAUCAAUAACUAUAAUUCCACAACCUCCUUGUUCGAUAGGACAAAUAAUAAGUUAUUAGUCACAUUUAGAAAUGAAAAUAUGCUCUAUGAUCAGCAACAAAUUUCUAACAAAAAAACGCUUCUACCACGAAACAACAGCUCCCAGUCUCUUGAUAGCUGUCAGCAAAUGGUGGAACCAGCUCUCUUCGAUAUUUAUCUCUGUGAUAACUGUGACGCCGAGUUGUACUCCAUGGAAGCAUUCAUGGAACACGAAAAAAUUUGUCAACCAAAUGAGGAGGAAGGUGAGGAUGAUGAUGUGAUAUUCUGCGAGUCUGAGGCUGAAGAGCCCGUAGAUGAGGAUCAGCAGCAGAUGUCUGCAUUCCUCAUGUCACUGGGGCUACAGAGUACAGAGAAUGUCGGUGGUAGUCAGCAGAGUCGAGGCGGAAGUGGUAGAGAUAUGGUGUCUACGUAUUCUGCCUAUGCGUUCUCAUCGCCAGAUAAACAUCGGAAUUUUCAGCGCAGGACGCGUGGACGUUUGGCGUAUAAUAAAUGCCAAGCAAUCCCAAUCUCUUCUCCUGCAGGUCAGCUUCUGCUGAACACAUCCAAGACUGUCAUGAGUUGUGAGUACUUGGAGGAGCGACUUGAUCGUCAGGAGCGAUUUUGUAUUGCUCAACCACUCGGUGGGGAGACGUUCUCCCGGCGACGGUGGUUGGAUAGUCGGAGAAAUUUACAAUUCUCCUCAUUUCCCGUCACAUAUCGCAAAUUGUCGGAUCACCAGUCAUCGAAUGAGUGGCACACCUUCAAAUUUCCUAAACGUCAAUUCUCCACGGAGCACAGAAGGCAGAAUCUAGAGAGGUACAAUGCCGUAAUUCUGAAGCAGUGCAAGCCGUGCGUUGUGCGAGUCGAAAAGCUAACGCGCGAGAAAAUUGAGGCGUACCUCUUUGAUGCCAAUCUCAAGGUAAUGAAUAAGAAAUUGAUGAAGCAUCGUGACAAAGUGCACAAAAGAGAUAAUCCAAAAGUGGUGGAGAUCAUUGAUCUCUGCUCAUCGGAUGAGAGUGGGGAUGAGGAGGAGCGAAAGGCAAUAAGUGAAGAGCCUGCAGAGCAGAGGCCAGAUGCUGCAAAGGAAUCAUCUGAUAUGAGUCCAAAGUAUGAUGGGAAUUUUAUCUCAAUGCCUGUGCAGACGGUGGGAUUGCCGGCGGAACCAUUGAAGCCAUCGGUAUUUCUCUUCUCCAACAACACAGCAACCUCCAUUGAUGAUAUCCACAGUACGCAAAUCUAUCGAUUGCCAACGAAGAUUCAUCAGAAUCAGGAGAAUAUCAUGUCGCGCAACUUCUGGCACACCUCAUCCAAGGCUUCCUGUCACUUUUCCCCCUAUCCCACGGGUAGGAGCUCAUCAGUGGGAUCAGAUCGGAAGGAUUCUCAGCGCUCGGGCGUUGUCACUGGUAGACUAAUGCCACCACUCAUACGAUUGGCGGCAACAUCAGGUGCCAAAUCAAUUACGGCAAAUGUCAGCAUCUAGAACUAGAUCAGACACAGUGCUGUUAAAAGAAUUGUCAUCGUGUGAAGGAGGCUCAACAUAUUGGCUCUUGGACAACAAUCACGUGAGUAGAUCAUCCAAAGGUUUUUGCUAUACAAAAGAGAAAAACAAAAUAACCCACGUGAAGUUUCAAGAAUCAAUGCUGUAACCUGCCUUCCCAAAAUUCUAUUUAAGCAUUAGAUGUUCUUAUAAUUAAAUAAAAAAAAACAUAAACAUAUUUCAUGGAAAUACAUUUUUUAUCCCUACUGUACAUAAAUUAUUUCAUACGUCAAUGCAAUUUAAUUAUUAUUAUUAUUAUUAUUUCGAAAAAUUAAUGAAAACUAUAAAAAAAAACAUUUAAAAAAUUCUGAAAAAAUUAUAGAAUAACAUGAAAAGAAAUAGUGAAAAAAAGAUCACAAUCAUUGAAAGCAUAAAUACCCAGAAAAAAAGACAUAAUUGGGUUUAUUAAUGUAAAUACUAGCAUUUAAGAUUUAACUAUUCUAUACCGAAAAAAAUUACGAGCGAGUUUUAAAGCGAGAAGUGUCCAAUGUAGAUUCGGAAAAGAAAUAAAACAAUACUUAGAGUUCAAAA